UUUUUGUCGGCUUGAGGCCGAGCGGCACCGAGCACCCAUCUUCCUCCUCUUCUCUCUUCCUUCUCCUCCUCCUCGAGGUUUCCUCGCGCAGGAAAGGAGCGGCUGUCCGCGCACGGCAUGGCAUGAGCUGGGAGAGCUGGAGUGCUGAACUUGGGACUUGGGCCUCGACCCCGUCGAUCUCCGUGGACCACCGAGCCCUGCCAACCCCGAGUCUCCGGUGUCCCCUGAGCUGCCCCGAUGGCCCAGAGCUCACAAUGGCCAUCAAAUCUGGAUGCAGCUGGACCGCAGUCUGACCAAGUGUAUCUCUGCCACAGCCUGGGCUCUCUAAGUGAGCCCAUACGUACACAAGGGUGGCACUAGCAGGUUUCCUUCCACUGUGGAUUGAGAUUUAGUACAGCUGGCAGACGCCUCCCUCCCUAAGGCCUGUGAGAGCAGAAGGAGCUUGCACGAGGGUCUCUGAAGCUGAGUCCUUCUUGUGAAGUCCCAAAAGAGACCCGUGGAAGAUGUCGAACCCGAGAAACGGUGACACCAAGCCCCCAUGUUUGCCUCGCAAUGGACUGGUGAAGAUCCCCACACAGCCCAACGGCCUCGGCUCUGCCAGCAUCACCAAAGGCACUCCUGCCGUGAAAAACCGCCUGUGCCAGCCUUCCUCCGUGCCUGCCAUCCUCAGCCCAGCCUUAGCCCCCCGCAGCGACCUGCCCAUCCCCAGCCUGGCCUCGCCGCUGUCCCUGGCCGCUCUGGCUGGCGUCUCGUCCCCUCCCGGCACCUCCUUGGUGGCACUGAACUCGAGCGAGGCCAUUCCAGGCUCUGAGCAUCCCUCUCCAGAACGGCUGCCCGGUUCACCCUCAGAGAGGCAGCUGGUGGUGGAUGAGAAGAUCCUCAACCGCCUCUUCUGGUACUUUUCGGCUUGCGAGAAGUGUGUGUUGGCUCAGGUGUGCAAGGCGUGGCGGCGAGUGCUCUACCAACCCAAGUUUUGGGUGGGUCUGACACCUGUCCUGCACACCAAAGAGCUCUACAAUGUCCUGCCUGGUGGCGAGAAGGAGUUUGUCAGCCUGCAGGGCUUUGCUGUGCGGGGUUUUGACGGUUUCUGCCUCGUGGGUGUCUCCGACCUGGACAUUUGUGAGUUCAUUGACAACUACCCCUUGUCCAAGAAGGGGGUCAAAUCUAUGAGCCUUAAAAGGUCAACCAUCACGGAUGCAGGGCUGGAGGUGAUGCUGGAGCAGAUGCAGGGUGUGGUGCGGCUGGAGCUGUCAGGCUGCAACGACUUCACGGAGGCCGGGCUGUGGUCGAGCCUCAACGCCCGCAUCACGGCACUGAGCGUCAGCGACUGCAUCAACGUGGCUGAUGAUGCCAUCGCAGCCAUCUCACAGCUCCUCCCCAACCUUGCCGAGCUCAACCUGCAAGCCUACCAUGUGACGGACACGGCUCUCGCCUAUUUCACCGCCAAGCAGGGUUACACCACCCAUACCCUGCGCCUCAAUUCCUGCUGGGAGAUCACCAACCAUGGCGUGGUCAACAUGGUGCACAGCUUGCCCAACCUGAGUGUUCUCAGCCUCUCGGGCUGCUCCAAGGUGACAGAUGAUGGCGUGGAGCUGGUGGCUGAGAACCUGCGCAAGCUACGCAGCCUUGAUCUGUCCUGGUGCCCUCGCAUCACCGACAUGGCCCUGGAGUACAUCGCCUGUGACCUGCACAAGCUGGAGGAGCUAGUGCUCGACAGGUGUGUGCGGAUCACUGACACUGGUCUCAGCUACCUGUCCACCAUGUCAUCCCUGCGGAGCCUUUACCUGCGCUGGUGCUGCCAGGUGCAGGACUUCGGCCUGAAGCACCUCCUGGGCAUGGGCAGCCUACGCCUCCUGUCUCUUGCUGGCUGCCCCUUGUUGACCACCACGGGCCUCUCGGGGCUGGUACAGCUGCAGGAGCUGGAGGAGCUGGAGCUCACCAACUGCCCCGGAGCCACUCCAGAGCUUUUCAAGUACUUCUCCCAGCACCUGCCCUGCUGCAUGGUCAUCGAGUAGCGUCCACCUGAUGGGGACCAGC